GUGUGAUUAUUAUUUUUUUCUGUUUUUUUACACAUACAAAAAUUUUGUUAUCAAUUUUUUUUGACACACAAAUUCAAGUUAAAUAUUUCGAAUAAUAAAGAUAAGGCUGGCCGAUUCGCCAAUUGAAAAAUUCAUGAUUUAAUUAUAUUGUUGAAUUUAAUUCAACAAGUGGCUAUUGCAAAAUUAUUAUUACCGGGAUUUGUUUAUUUUAUAACCUCGAAUAAUGGCUGCCAAGGGCGGUAAAAAGGGUCCAGGUAAAAAAGGAGCAAAUGGAUAUAAAAUGCCAGAUCCAAUAAAUGCCGGUGAAGUAUUAACUGAUAUGGCAAAAAAACAAUGGAUCAUCGGUAAAUCCAUUGGAGUUGGUGGCUUUGGAGAAAUAUAUUCUGCUGCACCAUACUCAGGAAAAUUACCAAAAGAAUAUCCAGCAGUUAUAAAAAUUGAACCACAUGGUAAUGGACCAUUGUUUGUUGAAAUGCAUUUUUAUAUGAGAAAUUGCAAGCCAGAUGACAUUGAAACUUGGAGAAAAGAAAAGAAGCUAUCAGGUCUUGGAAUGCCAAAAUUUAAUGGAUCUGGAAGUCAUGAUUACAAAGGAACAAAAUAUAGAUUUGUUGUUAUGGAUCGUUAUGGUACUGAUUUAUGGAAAUUAUUUUUAGAAAAUAAUCGUAAAUUUUCUGAACAUACUGUGUAUAAAAUAGCAAUUCAAAUAAUUGAUGUACUUGAGUAUAUUCACAAUAGAACAUAUAUACAUGCUGAUAUCAAAGGUGCAAAUCUUUUGUUGGAUAUUAAAAAUUCAAAUCAAGUUUAUCUUGUUGAUUUUGGUCUUGCAUCACAUUACACAACUAAAACAGACUACAAGCUUGAUCCUAAAAAAGCUCACAAUGGUACUAUUGAAUAUACAAGUCGUGAUGCACAUUUUGGUAUACCAACAAUGAGAAGUGAUUUUGAAAUAUUGGCUUAUAAUAUUAUUCAGUGGCUUGCUGGUUCUUUGCCAUGGGAAAAAAAUUUAAAAGAUCCAUCAUCUGUACAAAAACUCAAAGAAAAAGCAUUUGAUAAUCUUAAAAUUUUUUUAAAAGAAUGUUUUGGUGAUGAUGAUGUACCAUCAACAAUAAUUAAAUAUAUGGAUUUACUUGCUCAAUUAGAAUUUAAUGAUACACCUGAUUAUGAUCAAUUUCGUGAUAUACUUGUUAGUGGUAUUAAAAAAUUAGGAUACAAAGUUGAUGGACCAUUGAUAUUUAAUGAUGGUGGUAGUAAAAAUAAUGUAACAACUCAACCUGAUGUUACUUUAAAGAAAACUAAAAAAACAGCUGGUACAUCAAGCAGACGAAAGAGUCCAAGAGCCAGACUAGAUACAAGUCCAAGUACACCAUUAUCCCCACCACCAGCACCAUUGUUAUCAUCAAGAAGACCAAAACUUCCAACUACACCAUCAUCAUCAUCAUCAUCAUCAUCAUUAAGAAGACCAAGAGUUCCAGUUACACCAUCAUCACCACCACCACCACCAUCAUCAUCAACAACAACAACACCGUCAACAAGAAGACCAAGAAUUCCAAUUACACCAACAACACCAGCAUCAACAAGAAGACCAAAAGUUCCAAGUACACCAUCAUCUCCACCAGUGUCAUCUUUACUUGAUGACAGUUGUGCUGGAAUUGUUGUUGAUAAAAAACGUGAAAAACUUAAGGAUAUGAGAAAAAUAUUGGAGUCAAUUGAUGAUGAUUCAGAUACCGAAUUUGACAUUGUUAUUACAAAAAAGAAAAAUAAAAUUCCAAAGUUAGAUAAAAAAACACCAGAAGUUGUUGCACGAAAACAAACUGUAAGAAAAGUCAGACAAAAAGUUGUUAAAAAUAACAGUGAUGCUGAUGAUGAUGAUGAUUUUGAGCCAGAAGUGAUUUUGCCAAAGGCAACAAGAACACGUAAAGUUGCUGUUAAAAAAGUAACAACUCGUAAAAAGAAACCUGUUGAAAAAAAUAAUUCAUCUGAUGAAGACAUGUUUGAUGAAUAAAAUC